UGGAGAGGGAGGGGCCGAGAGCGGGAAACCAGCCUCUUCCCCCCCCCCGCUUCUUCGCGGGACAGGGAGCCCCUCGAGGGGUGGGAGGUGCUACGCCGCAUUCCACCGCCCCCCCCCCUCCGGUGCCUGCAGAGGAGGGGCCACAAGGAUCCAUCCAUGUGGGAUGCAGCUGCCCCUUUGAGUGUGUGUGUCUCAGGAGCUUCCUGCUCAGUUCCGCUGACCAAACAGCAGCGCUGCAAGCCACAGCCCCUUCAUGAGGCGAGACCGAGGGCCAAGGGUCGCCUGCUGCUGCAGGAGACCACCUCCUCAUGCGCCGUGCUCGUCCGUCUUUCGUCAGCUGCCACCCACGCCCCGUUGUGGAUUCGUCACCAUUAAGGGAAGAAAAACAAGCUGCCCUUGAGAGAUCCUGCUACUUCUCCUGCAUCCUCCACCUCCACACCUUGAUAGCUAAAGCUUGGUGAUAGAGUUUUAGCCAUCACCAAGGAAACAGUGAGCACAUCAUAAUAAAGAAACCACAGAUAUUUCCCCAAAACAAUACACCAUGGAUAGAUAUGAAAUAAUUAAAAUGAUUGGAGAAGGAUCCUUUGGCAAAGUAUUCUUGGCCAAAGGAAAGGCGGACAGCCAACAAUGUGUUAUCAAAGAAAUCAGUCUCACAAAGCUUCCAAGGAAAGAAAAAGAAUCCUCUCAGAAAGAAGUUGCUCUUCUGGCCAGGAUGAAGCACCCUAAUAUAGUAGUCUUCUACACUUCAUUUCAAGAGAAUAAUAAGCUGUAUAUUAUUAUGGAAUACUGUGAUGGAGGUGACUUAAUGAAGAGGAUAAAUAUGCAACGUGGAGUACUGUUUGAGGAGGACAAGAUCCUGGGCUGGUUUGUGCAAAUCUCCUUAGGACUAAAGCAUAUACAUGACAGGAAAAUUCUACACAGAGAUGUAAAAACACAGAACAUUUUUCUUAGCAAUAAUGGAAUGGUAGCAAAACUUGGAGACUUUGGGAUUGCAAGAAUAUUGAGCAAUACCAUGGAAUUUGCUCGUACCUGUGUAGGAACACCAUAUUACCUGUCUCCUGAAAUCUGUGAGAACAGGCCAUAUAACAAUAAAACAGAUAUAUGGUCUCUUGGCUGUGUCUUAUAUGAACUCUGUACUUUAAAACACCCUUUUGAGGGCAACAGUUUGCAUCAACUUGUACUGAAGAUCUGCAGAGGCCAUUUCAUGCCAGUAUCUACAAAGUAUUCAUAUGAUCUAAGAACUUUAAUAUCCCAGUUGUUUAAAACAUCUCCAAGAGAUCGUCCUUCUAUCAAUUCUAUUUUAAAGAAGCCCUUUUUGGAGAAGCGAAUAAAGAAAUAUUUGCCCCCUGAGAUAUUGGAGGAAGAAUUCAGCCACACAGUUAUUCACAGAAAAAGAUCACCAGCCUCACUAUCUUCAGCUCAUAAAAUUCAAAAACCAAGAAUUCAUCAUAAUCGUCCUCCGAGAUUCAAGAUGGAGAUGCUGCCCAGAAAACAAGAGUUAUGGAAAAAUGAAUGGAAAUCUUCAAGACUCCAGGAUCCUGUUAGCCAGCCCUGGAGCCCCAAGUAUAAGAUCUGUGCAAAGCCAGAAGCUGCCAAAAUGUGUGGGCUCUAUGACCAUUAUUAUGUGAAACUUGAGAACUUACGGAAGAGAGCCUUUAUGCAAGAUGAAUGUGCUCAUAUUGGCCAAAGAAUUGAUGAGUAUUAUAAGGAGAAAGGACAAGAACUGCCACCACCUCCACCUCAUUGGCCAUCAGAAUAUCUUCAGAGACGAUUCAAUGCGCAGCAGUACAAGUUAAAAGUAGAGAAGCAACUUAGGUUGCGACCAUCUUCUGCUGAUCUCCACAAUCAUCAGUUACAGAAACAGGAGAUGCAGGAAGAACAGUUCAAGGGCUAUCAAAAAGCUCUUGCUCAAAAAAAUGAGAUGAAAGAACAAGAAUACCUGGAGCAACUGCAGAAAAUUCGUCAACAGUACCAAAGUGAAAUGAAUGAAAUUAGACUAAAAGCAGAAGCAGUAGAGCAGAAUAAAAAUAUAAAUGACAAAACCUAUCUUGUGAAACUAAGGAAGGCUCAGGACCAGUCUGCUCAUAAUGAAGAUAUCCCUGCAGGAAAAAAUGAACUAGUCCAAGAUAUUGAAGAACAUUUGAAACAAAUUGGACUGCAUAAUUGGCAAGAGAGAAAUGUCAUGGAAAUUAAACAUAAAGCAAAGGGAGGUGUAAAGUUUCAGAUUGACCUAGAAGCUGGAGUCCCAGGUGUGAAUAACUUUGAGGGAAAGAGAGAGGAACGUGAUGAACUUAAUGAAACACUGACAUUUGAGGAUGGAAAAAACCUGAAGGAAAAGCUGACGAACAUCUAUGAUAAUUACAUAGACAAAGCUUUGGUGGAACUAUGCUGUUGGGAAGCAGAUGCUGACAAUGAAGAUGCUAUAGUGAACAGAAAACACUGGCAAGCUGCGGCCCCAAGGACUCUCUUGGAUCUUCUAGAUAAUGCAGAGAUCACCUCUGUGUGCCCUACCAUAGAUGAAGUUGGCCAGGUAAUCAAUAUUCCUUCAGAAUUCCCGGAAAACAGGAAAAAAUGGAGCCAAGAAUCACCUGGGACACUUAUGAAUAUGUUGGCAGAAGCAGAAUGCUCCAGUGACACUUUGUGCCAAGCCGAAGAGCUCAAGGAGACAGUAACCCCAUGGACUGAAGAAAAGGAUGAAGCUGAUUCAACUGAUUUAGGUUCUUCGGUUGAAGUGGAUGAAGACAGACUUGAACCAAGAUCUGAUGACUAUGACACAAACUUUGAAGAAUCUGAAGAUGAACUAAGGAAUGAGCUUAUUGAGUCUCUGGAAAAAGUGGUAACAUCUGUGGAAGAGGUCUUAAAAGCUCCAGUUGAGUCACUGGACAGAGAUCAAGUGGAAAAAGAGCGCUUACGUAAUAGUACACUCAGAAAACCUGAUGAAGGUUUCGAAGACAAUAGUAACCUGCCUAGCAACCAUCAAGAAGGAGCCAUUAGAUAAUGCACUCUUGGGAAAUAGUUUGAAGAGCUGAUUGAAACUAUUUUAAAAUGUUUAAAAAUGGGCACUUUUCUAGAGUUAACUACUACUAUAUGUUCUACUAUAAUAUUACUUAGAACUAGAAACACCAAGCAUGGCUAAAGCUUUUCAAACUAAAACCAGUCAGUGGUUCCAUUCAGUGUGGGAUGCAAGUAUUGGGACCAUCAUUUCCCCUUCAGAUGUCUAGAGGUCUAACAAAAUAGCCAUGGUGAAUUCCUGAGCAGAAGCAGUGCUUUCGCCUAGGCUCUUUCCCCUUGCUUGCUCCCAAGGAUCUUCUGCCAGAUAGGCAAUCAGUGUAGAGGGGAUGCUUUGUAUAAGUAUCCCUGUUCCCGAGUUGUACAAGGAACAUGUCAUGCCUCUAUGCACUGUAUUUAUGGCUGUAGAUGUAGGACUUCUUUCUAAUUUUACCAUCACUGCACAUCUCCUUUGUGUGUACGUUCUGAUUGUCUCCUUCAAAGAUCUAACUUCAGUAACAUGGGUCUAGGUCUAUUCAUCUGUACCUGGCCUUUGCUACUUCAAACUACAGACAGGAAUUCAAAUGAUUAAAUGUCUCUUCAUAGAAAACAAAAACUUUUGCCUUCAAGAAUACUAGAUGUCAGGAAGGAGGAUUCUAGUCUAGCUUCUGGACCUUAAAGCUAGUUUUCUAUGCAUGUUUUUGUUUGUAUGAAAGAACUUUCAGUCAUUUUAACCCCUACCUACAGCCUGAAGUGAUACGGCCCAGAUACAUGUUAGCUACUUUGUUGAGAACCAAGCCAGAAAUGAGGCUUUAAAUACAAGUUUAAAGCCAAUUUCCCAUAUGCUUAUUAAAAGAAUGUGGUACAGAGAUAUUUUAUGAUUAAGUUGUCUGUUAUAAUGUAUAAGUAUGGGAGAGUUCAGAUUUUAUAAGCUCCUGUGCAAGGAGAGGCUAUUUAUUAGGCUAAGCAGAGGACAAGUUGUUUAUACUCAUGGUUGAUUCGGGAAGAAAGCUUUUACAGAAGUAGUUUUACAUUAGUACAUCUCAGGAGGGCCUUGGUGCCAUAAGAGGCCUUGAAAAAUCACACUCAAGUUAAGCUUCAAUCAAGAGCAAUGAAAAUUUCUGGAUAGUCUACAACGUAACAAUCUUGACAAAGAAUAAAUAAACCCUAAACUA